AUGGACAGCACGAGAUCUCCUGUCAAAACGAAACUGCUGGUCACAAAAAGAAGUCUCGCAAGUGCAGAAACCGAGGAUCUGGCACCCGGCAUCGCUCGUACAGCCUACGCAAAACCCUCUCUCUUCCGUCGGUCCAACCCCGAUUUGAUCUCGGGACUGUCGAACUUCUUCAGAGCCCUCAACACAGAGCACGGCGUCGAUGUCACCGCAUGCACUGCUGAUCCGUCCUGCGUCAUAGGAUUCAAAUCAGACCGGAGCCCAGCAAUGAUCACGCUGCGUCGCGCGACGACUACGAGAUCACGUAAACAAACUUCGCUCACAUCAUUCCCGCCACCCAAGUUCAGGCGGCAUGGCAGCGGAAUGCUGUCGACCUUUUUGAAUUCGAUCACCGGAUACGACGAAGUCGUCAGCCAGGACAAUGCGGAGGUAGAUCGAACGAGGCAGGUCGCCCAGAAGCCACGUACAGCGUCCACAGUAAGCAAAGGAGAUAUUCGGCCGUCGACCUGCGCCGCUGCUCCACCUGUUCAAACCGAAGUUGUCACGGUAGAACCCCGGGUGUCGUAUUCCGCACCAAGUCAGUCUGCCGCGCCCGUCCGCCGGUGCUCGACACGCUACAUUUCGAACAAUGUGGUGUAUGAAAUUAUCUGGGAUGAGAAUUCUACUUCGAGUAGCUCCGAUGGGGAGCUUCCCAACGUCUAUGGGCAGGCGUCACUAUUCCAGAGCCAAGAUCUCACUAGGACAGAGACAUUAGAGCGACGAUUGUCGAAGGCUCUGUCGCAGUCACGACGAGAGUCCCUGCAGGGGGAGUGGAGGAACAAGAAAAGCCAUGCGGCCAGCAACGUGUUGUCUAUGCAAAGCCUGUGGACCAAUCCCAAAAUUUCCGGGCUCUUCUGCGAACCAGCUCCAAGAAACCCGGGUCAAUCUUUGGCUUCCGAGCGUGGCGAGAUGUUCCCCUCUUCGUUGACGGACGUGAAUGUAGACGUCGACCUGAAGCGAGGGGCCCUUAUAGGAGCAUCCACUAACGGUGUCGAGUUCUUCCCUCCUCUCCGAAGUCGGGCCAAUACCAACGGAGGUGGCAAUUUGUUGUCUUCGUGGACCGCAGGGUUCAAGGAUAUUUGGGGAGCAGUUGCGCGGCGAGACCCGGUCCCAUUUGCCAACCACCACAACACCUCACUUCCCGACAAAGUCUCCGAUCCACAUGUCGAUAAUAAGACCGUGUACUGGCGCUGGGUGAGACCCUCAGCAAUACGAGCGACUGUCGCCAAUUCGCGGAGUAAGGAAGAGGAGGAUACCUCGAGUGAAGACGGCCUACCUGAACUCCCACCUCGCCCCUGGCGAACCGCUCGAGCCGCGAAAGUUGCAGACAAAGCCGCUCCGACGCACCGAUCACGGGUUGACAUCCCUGUGCCCAAUACUCCUGAUUCAAUACAAGUUCCAUCCUCCGCGCCUCAAUUUGUUCUCAAGAGACCGGUCGGGUUCUUCCCAUGGACGGGGAAACACCCCGAGGACAUCUUAAGCGACAGCAAUGUUAAGAACGGCUAUUUUGAUAAACCUCCAAACCCCACUGAAAAGGAACUCAACACCGCGCGAGUCCCGCUCUACAAUGCCUUCAAACACAAAUCUGGCGUGGACAGUUUAUCUACUCUCUUUUCUCUCGUCCUGAACCAGAAGAGCCAGCAUGGCAUUAUCAGCUCCGUCUCCACGUUUAAGCCCCCUCCCCGCGUUACCUUGACCGAAGCGAAACGGAAAUCGUGGAUAGCCGAUCUGGCCAAUGCGGACGUACCCUUGAGACGGUUGAGCAGGACUAUCCCCCAGGGUAUCAAGGGCCAGACUCUUCUAGAUUUAUGCUUACAAAGCUCAGUCCCGUUGAGUCGUGCGAUAUGGUUCGCUAAAUGCGUCUGUGCCAACGAGGUUCGCACUUUGAAGAGGAAGGGCACCACUCCUGCGGUGGCCCUGGGUGCCGAAAACAAAUGGCUUCGCGAAUGGACACUCAACGUCGAGCAAUUUUUGGAAACCUACCUAGGACAAGCCAAUGCGUCCGACUGGAGAUCAAAUAUUCAAUACGCAUUGCGGUUGAAUACACGUCUCUAUUUAGAGAACCUGCUGGACCGGGGUCACUACUUGGAUUGGAUUUUGCACUCCUUCACUACAGCAGCCAUCAGCCACACGCCUUUCUGGCUGAUGGUAAUCCACAUUUACAAGCAAGACUUGAGCCAAUACCGAAGACGAGGAGCGAAGCUCGCCCAAGCACUGAUUGACAAGUACCGUUCGAUCGACAAGCUCUCAGACCAAUCGAUAAGUCCAUUGAGACAGAAGCUGCGGGCGGCAAUCCGCGAAUUAUUGUUUGCACGCCCAGCUAUCUUCUUGAUGCCAGAUCGCUGGCCUGAGAGUGUGCCAAUUGUUCAAACUUGCCUUGAUACAACUAUCGGGCCCGAAGGCCUGAUUCUCGAGGAACUCAAUCGCAUCAACGAGAGAGCAAUGGGAUUCAAUAAGACAGACUUCUUGUCUGUUCGGUCCCCUGGCGAAAUCAUUGUCGAAACUCUCGAUAAGGCUAGGGUGCCAUAUAAUGUCGCUCUCCUUGCAGAAGAACUAGAUGGAACCUCUACAGACUUCGAUCUCCUCCUGCGAUCGUGUCUUGAAUGGUCAUGUACACGAUUCCGACAGUCCAGAACCCGCUUAUAUCUGGUCACUCGUUUGGUCAAGCGGUGGCAACGAGGCGGUCGUGACAUUGACACACCUAUCCUCAAUUUUCUUUCCGCUUUUCGGGAGGGCAAGACGACCGCUGAUACCUUGUGCUUAAGACACCUAGUUGCACAGUUUUCCCGAUCUGAUUGCUUUCCGCUUAGCAAAUACUUGCAAUGGCUGAUGGUGAGAGGCCUUCCAGAGAAGGGAUCGGUCUGUAUCGACACUGAGUCUAUCUUUGGCCGAACAGCAAAGGUUGAAUCAUACAGGGACUGUGCCUCUGUUCAGUUUCUACUCGACCUGUCAUUGCACCGAGCAGAAGACCACGUCAUCAACUUACGGAAUUCGGUUCUUGAACGCGCAGGUUUCGAUCCCGGCGGAGAAGAGGACAUUUUCGAACGGUGUGUUCAGUAUCUUGAGCAAAAGCUGGUAGAUGCUAGUUUCGUCACGAAGUCUGAGCCACCAACUCUGCAUGAACCUUCUUUUGCGGCGUUGCCAUGGACUCUUCGAACUAGAAUAUCUAUGUGGUUACGAGCAAGAGCUCUCGAAGCGGCAAAAUCGGCACAAAGCACUCCUAUGUUGCCUGGGUCCAAGGUUUUGAAUGAAGAACAGUUCUUCAUAAUCCGUCACAUUCUCGAGUGCAUGGAAGAUGAGGCGGUCCUUGCAGAUGUGGUCGGCAUUCUCUCGGUAUCACAAAGGGAUGACCUAGUAGCAUCUCUCGUCGCCACUGUUCACUUCCAUGCUGGUUCCUUUUCCGCCAUUGGGGCUCUUGAAGUCCUGCAAAAAAGGAUGUGUCAAAUCUACAUGAAUUGGCGAACUGCUAAACCGACGAUGCCGCUGCUUACUUCGACUCUCUUGGAUUUAUGUACUGCUUUUCCGGUCAAAGCACCUGCAAUAAGAUUGCUGCAACAGGACCUCGUUCGAGGAGACCGUGGGCGUGCAGUCGCAGCCUGCUCACCGUAUAGUGACGGCAUCGCGGAGUCGUUGCAGCAAGCGGGUGCCACCUUUGUGGAGGAUUUUGAGGCGAUCCUGCAGUCGGAGACCAAUAUGAAUGAGCAAACCAUGAAUGGCCUCUUCUCGGUUUUGGUGGAUCGCAUUGAAAAGCAACAGAAAUUUGAAGAUGAUCUGCGCACCUUGCAGUCAUUCUGCCAACUUCUCAGCCGGCUUCGAUUGUGCCGUAAGGCCCAAGGAGAUCUGCUCACACAGAAAUGGAUGUCGCGACUCAUGGCUUGCCUGGACUCGAAAUCCGGUCCUUCAUUUCUUCGAAUCCUGGUGGCAACGGGCUGCAUCACAUUCACUACCAUUUUCGAAGCCACGCCUGGCUCCAAGUCCGGAGUGCGGAAGAAUUUGGCCGUCGCUUCCUUUCUAUAUCAAAUUCUCGCCCCGCCCAGUUCCACGUCACUUGACUGGGCUGCGUACCAGACUCGGACUAGGUGGCACGAAUACUCGCUGAGAGAACCGCUGGCGGCCUUGGAAAUCGUAUGCGAAGCCGGCCUGCAGGGCGUAUCGCCAACUUUCGACUCCCUGCUUCUGGUUGUGCUUGUCAAUAGUUGGUCGCCAGACUCAUCCUCCUUGCCCGAAUCCGCCAAGAAAUGGUUCGUCAAGUCACUUAGUUACGCACUGAAUUGUCCGGAUGGUGAUCUAAAUGCGGCUGGUCUUCAAGCUCUGCUGGAAUCCAUCAACGUCUUUUCCCACCAAUUUGUCCAAUUGCGAUUCCGACUUGCGUCACCAGCCUCUGUCGACAAGGCAUCUGGACUGGAUCAACCAGACCUGAUCGAGGUACUCUCACAGUCAUUGAAACAGACUCUACGGAACCCGCCUUCUCCAUACGAAGGGCACCGGCGGCGGUUCUCACAGCUCUUUCAGAUUGUUGGACCUGAUGUAGCCAACCAGGUCCGCCACAAUGUCGAGAAUGAGUUCUUGUAUGCCUUGCCGAAGCUGCUGGUCGGCAAGGUGACCAGUCCACUCUCAGCGGUGUUCCCUGACGAUACGCAGCAGCUGUCUUCAAUUGUUGAGGAGGCGUUCCAGGUGUGCGGGAAAGAGACCAGCCCGAGUCCUGGAUUCCUGUCGCACCUAAUUGAUAGACUUUCACAGCAUCUCAAGUACCUGGGUAACACGCACAACACUCCGGCUACCCCUGCCACUUCGGCCACGACAGCCCCGACAGGCUUUUCGGGACCCAGCGGGUCUUCUACCACUAUGACCCAUUCUCAAAUGGUAUCCAUGUCAUCCAGUCCGAUUGCCAGCGCAUCAGAUGUAGGAGGUGGCUCUUGUCCCCCCGUAGGCUUGAACUACUUGAGAUGCAUACUACAAAUGGUGUGUUUGCAGCGUCCGACAUUAAUCUCGCCAGGCUCCAAUGGGCCCAAUGUCAAACAGACGCAGAACGAACAACUUCAACUGCUUGUACGACUGGCAUCCAUAGCAACGCACCCAGCUAUGACUCUGGUGACGGGACAUCAAGGCACUCGGGAAGAGCAGAUCAAGGCAAAAGAGGUGAUCGAGUUCGCAUUGGAUGUGAUAGCAACCAUUAUCGACGGCGUCAGUGACGAGGUCCAUUUGAUGUGCGCAAAGGUAUUGAAAGACAAGUUACAGGACACCCGGCUCUGCUAUUUGUUUGGCAGCAUCAACCUGAUGGGAUCAGCACAGGUGCAAGACAUGGGCCGGGGUUUGCAGAUGGUCAAAGAAGGCAAAGGCAUCAUCGGAGAGUGGAAGCCACGAAUGUGGGAAGUCUUGGAUAGUGGCAGCGGUAAAGAGAGUGAAACGUCUUUGGGACUGGGUCUCUUUCGAGCCCGAUAUGGAUAG